AUGUGUGAGGACAAGGAGGAGGUGCGGGGCGCGGCGAGCCCGAGCCCGCGGCGGCUGUGCUGGCCGCGCCGGCCGCCCGCGCCGCCAGCCGACACGCGCGGCCUCUGCUGCGCCAAGCUGCUCCGGAAGAACGGCAAGCCGAAGAAGGUGCUGUUGUUCCCGGAGGAGGGCUGGGCCCGCAGUGCGUCCUCCUCCUACUGGACGCUGCAGCCGUGCUGGUGGAAGAGGUCGCGAUGCAAAGUCGUUGAGGUCGCCGGCACUAGAAGACACAGUACGCACGCGAAGAUGGUGGUGAGCGGCGGCAACGCAGUGCACAUCGUGGGCACCUUCAAACACCUCGGCGCUGAUGCUGAUUUUAAGCUAUACCUGACGACGAACGUGACACAGGCGGACUUCAACAUGGGGUACACGAUGACGGGGACCCUGGAGCGCGGCUGCAAGUCCACCAACACCUUCCAGAUGACGCAUUUCGCAGUACUCCGCCGGUGCGACCACGACGCACAUCAUCUCAAGAACUCCUAGACGUUACCAUGUAAACGCGAAACAUUUUAUAACAAUGAUGUUGUGUUCCUAGUAAUUGCAUUUGAAAACAUCAUCACCCUAGCAUUAUCCCGUUUUUCACAGGGUCCGCUUACCUAGUAAUUUUAUUUGAAAAGAAAUACAAAUAUACUUUAUUGCACACAAUAUACAAAAUACAAAACAAGUUUUACGCACAUGGACGAAAGAUGCAGUACAAUCUGGCGACCUUAUUGCUAAGCAGCAGUUUCUUCCAGGCAACCAGUGGAAAGAAAACCGCAACAGUGUAAAAAACAAUAACGAACAAAGAUAGCACGCGAUCACAGCUCGAAUGAACUCUCUUAUUCUAAUCCUUUUAUCCCCUGUUGGGAUAUACGGCUCGAAUAGCAGAUUUCCACUCCUCACGAUCUUUUGCUAUUGCUGUAGCUUGCUCCGACAGUAUUUAAUUCCCGGUCAAACGAGCGUCGCCAGUAGAGCUGACAUGCGCAACGUGAUAAAAUUUUGUCACGAUCAUUUUAUCGAUUCUGACGAUAUAAGUAUGCCGUUUUGUUGAAUGCUCCUAUGUGAACCCACUCCUAUAUAUGAUUCUAUAUAUAAACUCUUAUAUAUGUGAACCCAAAUAAGUCAUGUCGUUCUGUCAAAAUACGGACAAAAUCACGUGCCAGGCAUAUUAGGGAAUAAACAAACUUAUCGAU